ACCUUCCCCCAACCUCUCCCUUACCUCCUCUUGUCUCCCAACCAGUCCAUAUUGCUUUCUCUCUGAAUCACAUGUGCAACGCUCACCCCAUGGGCUUGCCCCCUGAUCACAGCUACACCUAACUUUCACUCAGAUGAGUGCCACCUCAGGAUGAAUGAAGUGCCACCCGCAACUACAGACUGCUGACGUUGGGAGCUCCGUUUUCAGUGCCAUGGAAAAGCCACAUUACCAAGAGGUCAAGUUCAAGGCGAGCAGGGUAACCGCCUCGCCGGGACGUUUCAUUGUUGCCAGAGGACAGUGGUCCAACAAAAUGGAGUUCCUCCUUGCAGUUGCGGGACAAAUCAUUGGACUUGGAAACGUGUGGCGGUUUCCUUACCUGUGCUACAAAAACGGAGGCGGGGUGUUCUUUAUCCCUUAUGUGCUCUUCCUUUUUGCAUGCGGCAUCCCUCUGUUUCUGCUGGAGACAGCUCUCGGCCAGUACACUAAGCAGGGCUCCAUUACUUGCUGGAAGCAAAUAUGUCCGCUUUUCGGAGGAAUGGGUUAUGGAUGUCAGGUGGUAGUUUUAUACUCCAGCAUCUAUUACAUCAUCAUAUUGGCAUGGGCAUUCUUGUACCUAUUCUCUUCCUUCAGCUCUGAACUUCCGUGGGCUAGCUGCCGAAACAGCUGGAACACAGACACGUGUGUGGAGUUCAGUGAACGUCUUCUCAACUGGACUGUGCCGGAAAAUGCAACAUCACCAGGGACGGAGUUUUGGGAGAGAAGAGUUCUGAACGUGACUGGAAAUAUCGAAGACUUGGGCGGUGUUCGAUGGGAGUUAGCCCUCUGUCUACUUUUGUCUUGGAUCAUUUGUUACUUUUGCGUGUGGAAAGGCGUGAAGUCCACGGGAAAGGUUGUGUAUUUCACGGCCACAUUUCCUUAUGUGAUGUUGGCUGUGCUGCUUGUCCGUGGACUGACGCUGCCCGGGGCCAUAAAUGGUGUCAAGUUUUACCUCUACCCGGAUGCAUCUCGCCUAUCUGAUCCACAGGUCUGGAUGGACGCUGGCACGCAAAUCUUUUAUUCCUAUGCUAUUUGCAUCGGCUGUUUGGUGGCGCUCGGCAGUUAUAACAAGUAUAACAAUAACUGCUACAAAGACUGCUUUUACUUGUGCCUCCUGAACAGCGGGACCAGUUUUGUGGCCGGUUUUGCCAUCUUCUCAGUUCUCGGAUUCAUGGCUUAUGAACAGAACACAGACAUAUCCAAAGUAGCGGAAUCAGGUCCCGGCCUGGCUUUCAUCGCUUACCCUCGAGCCGUGGCCAUGAUGCCGUUUCCACAGAUUUGGGCCAUUUUCUUUUUCAUCAUGAUCAUCCUCCUUGGAUUGGACAGUCAGUUUGUUUGUCUGGAAGCAAUUGCAACUGCUAUUUGUGACCUGAAACCUUCGUUCUUCCACGUCGGCCAUAGACGCAAACUACUUCUUCUGCUCAUCAGUCUUUUCUGUUUCUUCAUCGGCCUCAUAAUGGUCACUGAAGGAGGAUUGUACAUCUUUCAGGUGUUUGACUAUUACGCCUGCAGCGGGAUGACUCUGCUUCUCUUUGGCAUACUUCAGUCCGUGUGUAUUGGAUGGGUUUAUGGAGCAGAUCGUUUCUACGACAACAUCGAGGACAUGAUUGGAUACAGGCCUUUACCACUGAUUAAACACCUUUUGAAAUAUGUCACCCCUGUAAUCUGCAUGGGAACAUUUAUCUUCUCCUUGGUUAAAUACAAACCUCUGAAAUUCAACAACACCAUUGAGUAUCCGUGGUGGGGUCAUGCUCUGGGCUGGUGGUUAACUCUGUCUUCCACACUUAACGUUCCCCUAUGCAUGAUGUAUAACCUGAUUACCACUCCCGGGACACUUCGUCAGCGGGUCGCCAUCCUUUGCAGUCCAUCAGAAGACCUUCUGUCGCCAAAAUCAGAAGAGAAAGUACUUGACCUGCUCCACAUGACUCACAAAUCAGAUGCCAUAUUGUGAAAACGUCGGGCAUGUCCAUUGAAACUAUGAGACACAAAUAAUUUAAAUAUCUUUGCAAAAUCAAAGAUGACAUUCACAACCUGGUUUUCUCCUUUGGAACCAAGGUACAGGAGUUAGACAUAUAACCAAUCAUGGAGUCAUUGCUUGUCCAUUCCUAUCCUCCAAUAUUUGGUGGUUCGCAUAAAGGGAAUAAAAAAAAAAAAGGAAAAAAAGUGGGAUGUCAACGUUUGCCAAAAGCAUUUGCAAUAAUGAAAAUGCAGUGCCUUGAAACUUUUGGACUUUUAAAUGGUUAAAUUGUUCGUGCUUUACUUUAAUAUAGUAAAAUUGUUGAUACUUUACGACCGAGGUCAAGAACAUAUAGAACUUGGCUCGGGGUCCAAUAAUCACAAAUCCAUUUUUAUUCUCUCAAAGGCAUUAUGAAAAGUCAAAUUCAUGAGGAUAAUUAUUUGUUUCAUUGAGGUAUUUAUAGAAAAGUAGGUGCUAUUGACAUAAAAUACAGAUAAAUUGUUUAUAAGUAGUGUACAUUCUUGAAUGUGAAAUAAAACAAAAGUGUUGAGUCUUGACAAAUAGACCUUGUGCGCACCUCAGCCAUGUGAACCAAUGACGGCCUUUCCAGAUUCUAUACAAGUGCCUUAACCAAAAAAAAAAUAUGGUCUCGAGUAGUGUCAAAACAUUCGUUCAUUCAUUUUCUGAACCGCUUUAUCCUCACUAGGGUUACUGUAGCCUAUCCCAGCUGCCUUCGGGCAGUAGGCAGGGACACCCAAUCACAGGGUACCCAGAAACUAACAACCUUUCCCACUCACACCUAGGGACAAUAUGGAGUGUUCAAUCAGCCUGCCAUGCAUGUUUUUGGAAUGUGGUAGGAAACCGGAGGACCCGGAGAAAACCCAGACAGGCCCAGGGAGAAAAUGCAAACUCCACAAAGGAAGGCCGGAGCUGGAAUUGAACCCAGUACCACUGCACUGUGAAGUCGACGUGCUAACCACUUGAUACCGGGCCGCUCUAGAGUCAAAACAAUACAAAAAAAAUCAGGUGGAUCAGCAAUAAAAUGUGAACGUUUUCUUCCAUGUCCAUUGUGCCACUCCAUCACAAAAUGAUACGAAACUCAAUUUAGUCAAUCACUGAAGCAACAAAUACUCAAUAGUAACUGCUAUGAGGUAAAUAAAUAUAUUUAAGUUCAAUCUUUCCAGAUGGAAGUCUGCCAGCUAAUGGGUGUCGUAUCAUCUUUUAUACAGAUGUGUGAUCUAAAACACCGAAGGGCUCCAACUACUGUCCAAUUUGCACAUGAUCCACCAUCACGGGAAAAAGAUAAACUUACGGUUGUGAGACAGGAUAUAUUUGUAACCAUUAAAUGGAUUUUAAAAAUAUUUUUAAUUUAGUUGGAUCAUUACCAGGCAUGCGUUGUGAUGGGAUACUUGUGAGAGAAUUACAUAAUUAAGAUUGGGUGAAAAAAGGUGACUGUAUUAUGCUACAGUUGCAGAAAAAAAACGUAUAAUCGGAGGACAGGUACCUUAAUAAAAAGAGGGGGGAGGAUGUUUAUUUCAGAGGAUUACAAUUUUAAUGCAGGGAGAGGCCUGUUGUUGACUUGAUCCGUGGCCACUUUCAAGUAAGUUAACAGCGCAACAUGUGGAUAAGUUGUCAACACAGGCUGGAUCAUGUGGAUGUAUGUUAAAAGCACUGUUAGGAAGUUAGCACAGUGGUUAGCUUGUCUGUGUCACAGUUCCGAAGUUCACGGUUUGAUCACUGGGUGCUUUGGCUUCCUCCUCCAUUCCUGCAAGACAAAUAUAUCUAAAUAUCGAUUUGUUGAGAUUUAAUUUCUCUUGCCUUCAUCAGCACAUUUUGUGCUGACUUAUCCAAAACUAACUGAAAGUAAUCAAGUUAAUGUACUUCAAUAUGAUCAUAUUUGGAUUACAUUCCUGCCUAUUCAUGAUCACCUGGAUCGGAAUAAUUACUUUGAAGUAAUCCUCCCAAUCUUGAUUGCGAUAGUAUUGUUACUGUCCUAUUUUUUUUUAAUUAAAAUUGUUUUACUGAUGGCGGCCCGGUAGUCCAGUGGUUAGCACGUCGGCUUCACAGUGCAGAGGUACCGGGUUCGAUUCCAGCUCCGGCCUCCCUGUGUGGAGUUUGCAUGUUCUCCCCGGGCCCUGUGUGGGUUUUCUCCGGGUGCUCCGGUUUCCUCCCACAUUCCAAAAAUAUGCAUGGCAGGCUGAUUGAACACUCUAAAUUGUCCCUAGGUGUGAGUGUGCGCGUGGAUGGUUGUUCGUCUAUGUGUGCCCUGCGAUUGGCUGGCAACCGAUUCAGGGUGUCCCCCGCCUACUGCCCGGAGACGGCUGGGAUGGGCUCCAGCACCCCCCGCGACCCUAGUGAGGAUCAAGCGGUACGGAAGAUGAAUGAAUGAAUGAAUGUUUUACUGAUUUGCUUGGAAUGUUAUAAAUGUGUCCUUUUUACAUGCCAUCUAAUUGAAAUGUAUGAUGUUUGUAUGACACCAUAGUGCUGUGAUAAAAACAAAUACAUCAGAGGGCUGAAACAAGCAAAGCUUAUUUUAUUUGUGUCAGAUAUUAAUUAAUGCAUUUAACUGACAGUUACUCACCUUGACCAUAUGUGAUGGCAAAUAAUUUCUUAAAUUGUAUUCAGUUGAUUCAGUUGAAAUAAAUGUAGCCUCUGUGAAGCGGUUGGCCAUGAACAUCA